UGAGGGCGCCCGUUCUCUUUUUUUCCAGCAGUGAAGCAAGCCAAGGAUCGAGGAAGCGUAACCUCCUCUUGCCAAAACUUGAUCCAGAAAAUCUGAAAAAUUAUAAGAGCAUGGUGAAACAGAAUGGAACAGCCUGGCCCUAAUUCUUCCUUUAAGGAUCCUGAUGAAACAAUACGUGACCUUAUUGGCUUAAUUGGAGCAUACUCUGGAGAGCAAGGAGCCCAGCGAGGUUUCCUGGGAGCAGCGGCUGCUGCCCAUGCUAGUCAUCUAAGCCACCAUGAGCUAGUAGAGAGGGCGAGGAGAGGACCUGACCAAGGGGAUGGACACAGACAUCAGGCAUUCAAUUACUUAGUUGCAGCAGCACAGAGAUACCAUGGCCUCCCUCUUCAAGAACCAUACUCGAGAGAAGUUCCAAGCCAGCAUGAACAGAGGUCUCUGUCUGUUGCACCCCAUCACAUCCACCUACCCAAUCAAGAGAUGGUCGAGAGGGCUCAUUCUGUUGGUAUUGAGAGGAGGCUGUCUGCGGGAAGCCAUCAUCAAGAAGCCUUGAACUAUCAUUCAGAUGUCCCUGGUCAUCCUCAGCAUACAUACCAAAGACCUGCUUCUGCAGGACCAUUGGUCCAUCGACAUCCAAUGCCUCAAGAGAUGCUCCCCAACAAUGCCCCUCCUUCUGCUGACUCCAUAGUUAGAGAAGCAUUUGUACGAUCGAUGGCAGGAGAAGAUGAUCAAUCAGAUUAUUUACAACCUUCUGGAGGACAGCCUACUACCCAGCAAACUGAUAGUACAUCUGUCAUUCAAAAAGCUUACGAGCAGGUAAUGGGAACUGAAGAAUCACCAGAGUCACCAUCUCCUCCUCCUCCUGCCCCUCCUGCUCCUGCUCGGCCUGCACCUCAUCUUCCUCAACCCAAUACAGCUACUAUUACUGUAUCUCAGCUAGAGAUACUCAGUCGUCGUCAACAACAACAACAACAGCAACAACAUCAUCUGCCUCCUCAUUCUUCUCAUCAGGGCACUGGUAAAGAUUACUUAAAUGACCACAUAAAGAUACCAACCAGCUCAGAAAACAUUAAGCAUCAACAGCCAGAAGUAGAGUCCCGUCAAGAUAAACUGGAGAUAGAAUAUCAAGCUCCAGCUGAAAACAUUGAUAACAUAGAACAGAGGCUUCCGGAAACUGUGGCAGAACCAGUACAGCAGUUUCCCCAAAAUGAAGGUGAAGGGAAGGGUGAGAGCCACCAUAAUGGUGAUUCCAUGAAAAGUACAGGUAAGACUGCUGCAGAGUCUGGGGUUGCAGAUUCUGGAGUGACACAGAGUGCCAAGUGUGCCAGCUGCCUCACCAUGUUCAUACCAGCAGAUGGUCAAGUUGAACCAGGAGUUUUCCCUCUGUGCCCAGGUUGUUUGCAACGCUUCACCAGUACCUUGCCGAGGUGUAAAGAAUGCGGUAAGAAGCUUACAACAGAUGAAAGCCUUAUAACCCACCAGUGUGAUGGGCAGGGGGAGAGUUUUAUGUGUGAGGUGUGCGGAAAGGUCUUUAGCCUUGCCAAACAUCUUUCCCGUCACAAGGUGGUCCAUAAUCCCUUCAAGGCUCACCAGUGUGACCAGUGCGGGAAGCGAUUUGGACGGAUGGAGCACCUGAAGCGCCACAGGCUCACCCAUGCAGCCAACAAGCCUUACAUGUGUGACAAAUGCGGGAAGACAUUCAGUCGCAGUGACAAUCUCAAUACUCACAAGUGCAAUCUGGGUGAACCUCGUCCCAGACAGAAGCGGAGGCCUCUCACCUUUGAAGACACUGGCGAAGUUCAUCCUUGUGACAUGUGUGACAAGAAGUUUCCCACCCAUCAGAAAUUGAAGCGCCACAAGCGGCAGCACAACCAGACAAAGCCCCACCAGUGCAACCAGUGUGACAAAUCAUUUUCUUGCAUAAGUCAUUUAAAGCGCCACAGGAUGGGUCAUCUUGGGGUUAAGCCAUUCCCAUGUUCUCUCUGUGGAAAGGCCUUUGGUACAACCAGUCAUCUUAAUAGACAUAUGAUGACUCACACUGGCAGCAUCAAACAAGUCCAACAGCCACUUCCUCCCAUCAGCACCAAUAGCCACUUUCCUCUUAUAAUCAACAAGGAUCCUCCGAAUGAAGAUUCAAGACGAAGCCAUUUUCCUUCUCACCAAUAUGAAGAUCCUGAUGAUCGGGAGCACAACACAGAUAUGUAUUGCUGUCACCUGUGUAAGAGAUACUUUAAUAAUCCAAUCAGCCUAAAUCAGCAUCAGUGCUUUCCUGCUGAUGAAAGCCAUGACCAAGGUUCUUCUGUGCAAGAAUCUUUUGCGUCGCCACCUGCUUCAAGCAGCAAUCAUUACAACUCAGCCAUGACAACUCCAACUACAACUGCACCCUUGCCAGCUCAGCCCGAGGCAACACCUCCAGUAUCUACUCUACCACAGCCUCUUGAAGCCGUUGGAUUAUCACCGAAGAUUGGGAUGCCUUUGCCAUCUCAAGGAUAUAAAGAUUUAGUAGAGACUGCACAACACCUGAUUGUUGAGAAAGAACCUCACCCAGAGUCUCUGAAACCUGGAGAGAAAGGCAGUGAACCUGUGCAAGACCACAAAAAUGUAAGUGAAAUUGAUACAAGUAAAGAUAUCAUUGAAAAUGAGAAGAAUCAGUUGAUACCUACUGAAAGCAGGGACCAGAUGCUCACUGAAGAAGAAGUUCAGAAAAGACUGUUUACGUGUAAAGUAUGUGGUAUUUUUUGUGGUUCCCUGUCAGGUCUCCAGCUGCAUGUACAAGUUCAUACUCUUGAACGCCCAUACAAGUGCGAGACAUGUGGCAAACGUUUCCGAAGACAAAGUCACAUGGAACGUCAUCGCCUUAUUCAUUCUGGUGUCAAACCAUUUUCAUGUGAUAUUUGUGAGAAGACGUUUACCCGUCCCGAUAACUUGAAUUUCCAUCGAAGUACUCAUUUCAAGAAUGAGGAAUGUGAGCCGAUCCCCUGUGGAACCUGUGGAAGAAAGUACCCAAAUGUUGAAAUCUUUGGAAAGCAUAAAUGCAUUGAUCCAGCAACAGCAGCCAAACUGCCAGUACAUCUCCAACCCAAAGUGAAAAAGUACUACAUUGGUGAAAAUGAAGAAAAAUCAUGUGAAGUGUGCGGCAAGGUGUUUCGAUCAGGGAGCAGGUUGACCAGACACAUGCUGAUUCACUCUCGGCCAAAUAGCUUCAAAUGUGAUGUCUGUACCAAGGUCUUUAAUAGGCGGGAUCAUUUAAAAAGGCACCAGCUCACUCACUCUGGCAUCAGACCAUAUGGUUGUACUCAGUGUGGAAAGCGCUUUGUACGCAAUGACCAUUUACAGCAUCACAUGCGUUGUCACCUGGUUAGUGAGACAGCGAGCAAGGGCAGAGGCGGAGGAGUAGAAGGAGCAGAUAGAGAAAUAGGAAGGGGAAGAGGCAGGGGACGACCAAGAGGCAGACCAAGAGGCAGGGGGAGACCAAGAGGUGUAGGAAGAGGGAGAGGCAAACUAGCUCCUGUCAAACCAGACAAUGCUUUCUUCUGCCAUGUUUGUGGAAUGAGAUUCAGCAACAUGGCUGAACUGGAGCAGCAUGAAUGUACCAGCACUUCCCCAAGCCAAGCUGUUAUGACAGUUCCUAAACCGCUGCAGAGGAUUUCCCAAAGAAAGCGUAAAUCCAGGUUGCAUUUGACCAGAAGGAAGAUAAGUAAAGGCCCUACAGUCAAAGAAGAUGAACAUGAUAUGGGAAUAAAUGAAGAAGCAGGACCUUCGCGCAGGAAAAGCACCAGACCAAGGAAAAAUUCAAUGAGACGGUUUAGUGCAGUCCUGACGAGUGAUGUUAGUGAUGAUGAAGGGGCUAAAGGAACAAUAGCAUGGGACCAUGAUACUCCAUACCCAAGUAGAAAGAUAGGUAACCUUGAGCCAAGAGAAACCCAAUUGCGUUCUUGUAGAGAGAACAAGCUGCAUACCUGUGACAUAUGUGGGAAUGUAUUUCAUCAUUUCCAGCUUUUCCAACAGCAUCAAAUGAUCUGUGCAUACAAGACUUCGUCUAUGUUCUAUGAUGAACCUGAACCAGAGCUAGAUCCAGGGCCAGAGGAGAUAGAGAGUGAACAUGAGGAAGAGCAUAUAGAGGUUCCUGAACCAGAUGUACCGAUGAACACUGCAGUUGUCCUUGCUGGACAAGUAACAAAGGGUACUGAUGAGGAUGUCACUUGUGGUGUUUGCGGGAAGUCUUUCAACAAAAUGGAGAAGCUGAUGAGACAUGUGAAGAUUCACACAGCAGACAAGAAAUACGAGUGUGAGUUUUGCCAAAAGACGUUUGGCCGGUCAGAUCAUCUUGCUCGGCACAGACGUACUCACACAGAGAAGAAAUUCCAUUGCAAGAGAUGCGAUGACAGGUUCAAAGAUGUCAAGGAAUACCGUCUCCACAUGGAAACUCACAAGGAGGCUCCAGUUGAAAAAGCUUAUUCUUGCACGAUGUGUGAUAUGUCGUUUCCGAAGCACACUACUCUCAUCAAGCACAAACUAAGCCACAAUGUGGAAGGUCAGCAUCAGUGCAAAAAAUGUGGGGAUGCAUUUCCAGAUGAGACUAAUUUACAGUCUCAUGAGUGUCAGCAAGACGAAGAAAAGGUUCACACAUGCUUAGAUUGUGGCAAAGGUUUCAAGACAGUGUAUGCUCUCACUCGCCAUCUCUUUUGCCACACUGGAUUGCGCCCCUAUGAGUGUGAUAAGUGUGGCAAAAAGUUCACACGUAGUGGACAUUUGCGUCGCCACCAGAUUUCACAUUCUGAUGAAAAACCAUACAGCUGUGACCUCUGUGACAAGAAAUUUAGAAGAAUCGACCAUAUGCGGAUUCAUAGAAAAACGCAUGAAAAAAAGGCCAGAGAAAAGAGAGAACCGUCUGAAAGGCCAUAUGGCUGUGAUGUCUGCAAUAAGAAAUUUCGAACAGAGCCUGCUUUGGAAAGACACAAAACUCGCCAUACGGUAGAACGUCGCUAUAUGUGUGACAUCUGUGGUAAAACCUUCAAGCGAAUGGAUAAUUUAAGGAUGCAUAAUCGAGUACAUACUGGGGAAAAGCCACAUACCUGCAAGGAAUGUGGCAAGCAGUUCUCACAUCACACUGCUUUAAGAGGUCACAUGCGUACUCACUCUGAUGAACAACCAUACGUGUGUGAGAUUUGUGGACGUGCCUUCAAGCAUCCACACAAUAUGCGGUCUCACCAGUAUGUACAUGGCCUUCAAAAACCCUUUAACUGUGAACAUUGUCAAAAGCCAUUCAGAGACACUUACCAUCUGAGGUUGCACAUUUCUCGAUGCCAUGAUCCAGACAGGGUCAGGAAACCCCGUGGUGGAGGAAGAAAAUCAAGUACUUCAACUACAAGUGCAACUGCAUCUGCUUCAGCUGCUGCUGCUGCUGCUAGUGCUGCCAGUGCUGCUGCAGCUGCUGCUGCGGCUGCAGCGAGUGCCAGUAAUCUGAUAAUCAACCCUAACCAGCCGGUUGAACAAAAGCCUGUGAUAAACUCUCCAGUUUCAGAAGCAGGACCGUCUAUUACACCUCACCAGGCGACAGAGAGUCCAUCACCCAUCCCUCCACCACACUUGAAGAAGAAUCCUUUAGCAUGUGAGAGGUGUCACCUGGCUUUUCCGAAUGUUGACCUACUUCACACUCACCAAUGCCCAGCACUAUAUCACAUGUCUCAUGUGUCCCAUACAUCUCAUAGUUCCCACGCCUGCAAUCGCUGUAACCGAACAUUCCAGGACUCUCAUCAGUUGAGGAUGCAUUUGCUUACACACAAAGAAGAUCCCUCUGUCAUAUGUGCCAUCAGUGCCAUUCAGGAGAAUUUUGAGGAACCUCAGGCUAUUCAGCAGAGGUACCAGAUGGCUGUACAUCCUGAUCACCCAGGACCAUUGGCAUACACUGUACCCCACCAAACACCUUACAUGAUAUCCCAGUCUAAUCAGCUUGCUUACUCAGUCGCCCACUCUCUUCCCAAUCCUAGAGCUCACGGUACACAUGGAGAAGUGCCAUCUUACCAGAUGCUCUAGACCAAAGUCUCUGAAGUUAUCUUCUCUAUCUUCUGUAUAUACUGAAAAGGGAUAUGAUGAAGGUGCACCAGAUUACAUCAGUAUUCUUGUACAUUGAUAGUCGUACAGUUUGUUUCUCAGUAAUCAAAAUUUCAUAUAGAAUGAUUGUGGUGCUCACAUCUCCCUUUAAUUCAAUACAAAUAUAUACUCAUGGAUGUUACUUUGACUUUGUAUAUCUAAUAGACCUUCUAGAAAGACAGACUGAAUUAUUUUCCAAGCAGCCUGUUUCCUUCAAGAUAUUGAUAGUGGACUUCACAUUAUAUAUAUACAAGAAAAGCUAUUGUACUAUUGAAUCAUUAUUUCCUUUUUCAUCUGGUUUGGGAUUUACUUUUUAUUUUAACUUUUCCACUUUUCUAAUUUUUGCUAAUUCUACAGUAUAUGAAAUGUAUUAUUGUGACUGGUGUGAAGGCUUCUGUCAUUUUAUUGGGGAGGACUUUGGAAUUGGUGACUGUAUUUUUUUUUUAUGGAGACCAGUCCUUCUGGGAGAUGAUCUUGCCAAAAUGAUAUUCGACAUCUCUUUUCAAGAUAAAUUCAUUGUAAUUGUACUUGCAAAUGCCAUUUACCUGUAUAAUCGUGGUGUGAGAUGUAAUUGUGGAGUUAUUUUCUGCAUUUGCUUCAUGCCCUUCACACAGUGUGUAUAUAUACAUGAAGUGUGUGUCUCAAAUCACAUGAAAUAUGAAUGCUCCCACAAUAUCAUGUAAACUGCAGGAAAAUUCUGUACUGAUGCUUCUAUUACAAGUGUGUUAUUGAAUGUAUUACGUUAUUACAAUGUGUAGACACUCAUGUAGUCAGAAAGUAUUAUAAUACUUGUAAAUAUCUUGCUAGUGCAUUUGGGAAAUAAUGUGCACAUGGUGUUACCAUGUAAUUUACUAAAGAGAAGAGAGGUGUCUUUGAUUUUCUGUAUGAAAUAGAAAAGAGUUAUACUUUAUUAUAUGAACUUUUUGACCUUUCUAUCAUUAAAUAUAUAGUGUAAUGUAUUGAUAGAUUUAUGAUAUAUAUAUAUUCACAGGUAAAGUAUGCCAUAGAGUACCAUUUUAUGUCAUGUUUGAUGUUUGAUACUGAUGAAGAUAUUUGUUACUGUUGUGUGUUUUGAUGUACUGUCAAGAAGCCUGUCCCUACAAAGUUUGUUCUCAUCAGACUGUAUGAAGUUUAAAAUUCAGGACAUUCUUAAUAAUGAGACCGUAUUAGUGUCUAAUUAUGAAUAAGCCUCAGACAUUUAUUUUGAUAUUUCGAGGGUAAAGAGUUCUGACUAGUGCAAAGUACUUUCACCAAAAAGGCUAUUCACAGUGAGUUGCACCAGAAGAAAAUAUUCAUUGAUUUCAUUAUUACAUUUUAAAGUUACCUGGUAAAGAAUGCCUGCGUUGAAUAUGUUAUGAGAUGCUUAAGAAAUUUAAUGGGCCCCAAAAAACCUACCUAGUAUCCUCUGCACUGUUGCCUAUUUACCACAAGUUUCUGUUAUUGGGAUUAAAGGGCCAUAGUUUCAAUCAUAUUUCACUUCGGGACAGGCUCUUGACAGAAAACAAAUAUUAUAUAUUAGUGAAAAUGCAUGCAUGAUGUAUAUGCAUGUAUUACUACACUGAAUUUUAUGUUACAUAUUUGUUUUUGUAUGUUAAUUAUAUGUGUUUAUAUGUAUUUAUUAUGGCAGAAUCAAUUGUAUGGUUAAGUGUUAUGAAAUAGGGGGUACUAAUUUUUUUAUUUUCCUAUUUUGAUAAAUUAGUAACUUAAUUGUGUGAUAUUUUAUGUGACAAUUGCCUUGCUGUUUAAAGGUACUAUUAUUCUUGUAAAUCGCUUCUUCUGGAUUAGGCUAAAAUAGGUGGGUAGUGCUAAUAUCGAAUUAAAUUUAUUUUGCAUUUUUCCCUGAAGUCAUGGUUGCAGUAAUGAUGUCAAAAAGUUUGCACCUAUAUGUACUACUAUAUUAUAAAUUUAUUCUAUAUUUUAUAUAAAUUUCUACAUCUUAAUUACCAAUGAUUCGGGAGAAAAUGGACCUGAAUAACAUUUCAUUUGAUUUUUAUUUCCACAGAUUGCAAUUUCAUUAAUGACAUGAAGUUGUUUUUUGAGGCAUCAUGGUUCAUUUUGCUUGACUCUUUAAUAAAAAAAUGAUUAAUCAAGUCAGUCACUAUUUUCCUUAGUUAGAAAUUGAACAAUGUUGUGUAAAUUGAACUGGAAUAUUAAUUUUCCCAUCAGUUGUGCGAGAUUCAACAAAUUUUGAAACUUUUUGAUGCUUGAAGAAUUACAAUGUGAUGGGUAUUUCAUGCUAUAGAAGUAUUAAGUUUAUUUCUAAAAUACAUUUUCUGAUUUUUAAAUCAGUCAAUUACUAUUGAAUAAGAAGACAAUCAUUCCCAAGCCUUAUUGGAAGACUGUCUUCAGAUUCCUGUAGGAGUUGUAUGUUUCCAUUAGAAGAUAUCAUGUAUAUCAAGAAAUAGUUAUUACUACAAGUAACAGAAAUAUACAGUAGCUUAUCUUAUUCAAUGCAUUUUCUUCAAAAAGAAAUUGUCUAUACCAAGAAAAUAGUGCUAUUACUAUUUCAUGUAGCAAAAUAUGCACUAGCCUAUUUUAUUCACUACAAUUAUGGUCAAAGGUCCAGGACUGACUUGAUAUGUCGUAGUCCUUGAUUUGUUUAUGAGCCUUAUUGUAUCUACUUGUUAAUACAGUAAUUGUAUUUUGGCCCUUUGCUACCUGUAUGUUAUAUUAAUGUGUGAUUGUGUAUGCAUCAUUUCUUGUUUAAUUGUAUGUAACUGUGUACCACAUGCAAUGUCCUAUGUAGAGCACAAUCAUGUAUUUACUAUUUAAUUGUUUAAUAUGUUGAUUGCAAAAAUACUAAACAAUGUAGGGUUCAAAAGCCCAAUUGGCCAUUUUCUAGUGGGAGUUAAAAGAUGGUAAUGAUCUAAACUAAACUAGUUGUUGAAAAAUGGCAUAGCAAUAUUAUGUUCUUUUGCUUAAGAUUUCCAUGAUGGUUUGUUCACAAGUACCUUUGAUUUUAAGUCUUAAAAGUCAUGUGAAUGAUAAUUGAAGUCAACUUAAAUCAAGACAAACCUAUUGUACAAUGUUUUUACUCUUUCUUGAUGUUAGACAAAGAAAGUAAAAAGAUAGAUAAAUAUAUUGCCAACAUCAUAGAUUUCAUGAGAUUUUAGUCAGGGGUGGUAAGUUCAUGUAUAUAUUCAAAAUUUUCCUUGAAAUUCAUUAAAAAUUGGCUGUGAUAUAAUCUGAAUGAUUAUAUUACUUUAUAUUAGGCCAGGGAGCCUGCUCUCUGCCACUCCAGUUUUAGGUCUGACUUAUCUUCAAAUUACAAAUUUCUUUGUUCUUGAGGUUGGUAUUAUAAUCAUUUAGUUUCUUUCUGAUCUUGAGUAUAUCUAAAGUCACUCAUAGAAUAUACUCUGGAAUUCAAGGAAUUAUAUACAAGAAAUAUCUUAAUUAUUAAAUCUUAAUUAUUUAAAAUCCCUGACCAAUUGAACUAUCAAUUUACAAAUUACUUUCAUAUAUGUUUACUAAAUGCAUUACAUGUACUUUGUUUUCAUAGUGUUAUGUAAAGACCAAACCAUAGUUGAGGUCCCUUCUAUACACCCUCAUGUAAAACAGAGGUAGGUUGCGAAAUAUGUUUAAACGAAAAACUUCGUUAACCAGAAAAAGAAGGAUUUUAAGAUGUUUAUUUUCUAUCUUGAUAAUUGGUUUUGGAGAUCACUCUGCACUGAACAUGUAAGCAUUUUAAUAAUAUGAUUUAUAGAAUUUACCACCUAAGGAUAUGAUUAUAUAUUGAAGAUAUUUUCUUUUUUUAAUUUUAAGAUAGCUAUUGUAGGCAUGGUAUGUAUUUUGUAUUUUUGAAAUGUUGGGUGUGAAUCAUGUCUUAAGAAUUUUUUGUAAAAACAUUUGCAAAUGGUUAUUCAACAUAUCAUUUAGAAUCUUGCAGAUCUCCCUAUCUAAUUUGCAAUUUUGUUUGAAAUAUGCAAAGUGCUUUUUAUUACUAUUAGAUUGAUUAUUGGUGUCACAGAUUUCAAUGUUCACUUGAUUUAGUGUGCUUGUAAUUUCAUUGUUAGUUUAGCAGAAAACAAUCAUUUUCAUAGAAAUAUAUAUAUAUAGAUAUAUAUUUACACAUAUAUUUAGGUAGGUCUAUCUCUCUCUUUCUCUCUCACUCACUCAAAUUAUAUAUAUAUAUAUAUAUAUAUUAUGUAUACAAGCGCUCAUACACUUGUGCAAAAUGUGUGGCUCAAAACUUUAAAGAACAGAGUAUGGUAUAUGAUAAGUAGUGUGUUCAUGUUGAGUCACCAAAAUAUGAACAUUUUUAGGUACAAUUUAGGGAGUGUUCGAAUUCAUUACACUUAAAAUCAUGUUCGGAAAAUUUCUUUUGUAUCUUCGAUAUUUUCUUGGGUUUUCCAUUGUUUCAAGUGAUACCAUUAGAUGGGUACAGUAUUUUGAGUGAAAUGAACUGAUUUCCAUUUAUUAACAUGUCAAUGUUGCUACAUGUAUGAGUAUGAUAUGUAUUGUAACCAAAGCUACUGAAAGACAUGUUGGGUAGAUACUUUGUUGCGUUAAUGGCAGGUUAGCCAUUUUUUUUUCUUUUUAUGGCAGGUUUUAUUUUAUUUUUUUAAAACUUCAUAAAUCAUUUUCUUUGGAAUCGCUGUCGCAUUACCUCUGUUUUUUCCUUUUUCAAUAUUUCUUUUAGUAAUUCAAAAAUGUUUCAUUUUUGUACUUGUGAAGUGUGGUGAAUACAACAGGUCAUCAAAUUAUUUUGAAGAAAAAGAUGAGUAUCAUUUGAAAUCUCAACAUGAUUUAUUUGAAAAUAACUUUUUUAAUCCAUUUAACAAAUCAAUUAGUUUAGUUGGACAUACUGAAUUUUUAGUUGAAUGGAAGAGAAAUUAAUACUUUUUAUUGGUUGGCCAAUUUUCUCAUGAAGUCUUAAUGGUGAAACAAAUCAUGCUUGCUUUAUAGAGGUUGUAUACACAGUUGUUUUUUUGAUUCAUUGAAACCUGUAUAUAAAGAAUAUCUAAAGGAGACAAGAAAUUGGUAUUUUAUGAACACAUGGCCUAAGAUGAAUUCAACUACAGAGCACAUUUACUCAUAGCAGCCAUAUUUAUUUAUAUAUUUAUAUUUUUUUUGGGGGGGGGGAAUCCAAAGAACAAUAAAAGAAUUUUUAAUAAAUUAUGCAAUAAGCAAGGUGUGUUGCUAUGUGAGUGCAUGUAGUGCAUAAAUCACGUUGAAGAUCCAAAUUAUAAUUUUUUUAUAAAUAACAGCACCCAAACACUGAGUAUAGAUAUGGAAGGUUCUUUUAUUACAUGUUCAGUGGGGGAAAAUAUUCAAGGGAAAUCAAAUUUGUGGUCAUUAUAGACAGGUUGUAUUUCUACACAUACCUUUGCUGAAGAAGGUUUGACUGUAUUUGGGAUGCCAGUUGAAUCUGCUUUGGUAUGUGUAUGUUUCCCACCUCUCACUAAGUUUAUAUUUCUUACCAAUGGGGAAUGAGAAAUAGUGUACUUUUGUCCAUAUGUCAAAGGUUCCACAGACAAUCAUAAGUUGGAGGCCAAAUAUACACUUGUAAAAAUGAUGUGUUUAUAAUAUACUUGUACCAGUCAAGACAGUAUAUAGCCAGUGAUUUCAAACAUUUUACAUAUGUGAUGCCAUUUUUUUUAUGAAUAAUUUUCUUUAUCUUUUUAAUGUUUAUGUGAAUAUAAAAAGGAAAAUGGGAUGAAAACAGCAUGUAAGCACAGGACAUUUUUUUUUUCAUUUUGGAUUUUGUUUAUUGAAAAAAAAAAUGAAUCAACAACUUUUUUGUGUGUGGAAGAUGUGAAUUAGCCUUAAAAGGCCAUUUAUGUUGAUAUUCUUUUUCUGUUCUCUUUCAGGACUCUCAUCUCAUUUUCAUUUUGUGCAAGCUCCCAUUAGUAAGGAAUGGAAUACCCUUUUUCCCUUUUUUAUGUUAUCUUCUAUAUACAUCUGAAGUAACGUUAUUGUUUCAGGCUUUAUGUUAUCCUCGCCAUGUAAAGAAUGAAGAUCUUAUUUUAUUUGUUUCACACAUUGAUCAUCUUUAUCCUUAAUGUUUCAUUUUAUUCAAGUGCGUAUGUUUGUUUGAUAAAGAUGCAAAGCUAAAAAUCAAUGAAAUAAUGACUUUUGUAUUGCACAUUUAGUAUUAUAAAUGAUUUAUGUUGACUACAUAUAUGUAUCAGUGUCCGUACAAUGUUUUAUGAUGUUGAUUAACUUAAUGCACCCAGAAUGCAGUACAAAAACUCAAAUUUUUGUGUCAUUUAAAGUCUUGAAAUAAGUAUCAGAUUAGAUAGUAAUGUAAAACAGAAAGAGAGAGAGAAACAAAGACUCCAGAAUGUGUAAUUAUUUUUCAGCUUCACUUUGUAUACAUUUAUUGGACUCUAAUAAAUUCCUUGCCAU